AAGUCCGACUUCAAGACUGCCAAGUUCCACCACAUUCCUUUGUACACCAAGGUCAUUCAAGCACGAGGCCUAACCUCGGAGACGAGUUGCGAAGAAGGGGAAGGCAGCCACGGCCGCACCUCCAAGAAGGCCUAUCUCGCCUCCAACAAGAAGGACACGGGAGAUCAGGUGAUGCGCUUCAAUCAGCGUCGGCAGAACGUGGCUGAGUACGUCAACGGAUGCAAUACAGGCCGCCGCGGUUUCCGCAUCCAGCAGCGGGUCACAGUUGUCGCAGUCGCUGCGUCUGAAAAGGCAGCGCGGCAGAAGAAGCACGUCCUGGCAGCCAGACGACUGACGUUGCGGUGGGAGUGGCUCCGGCCAGCGGGCCAAGCCACGUAUGCGCGCUUCCCA